GUGCGCGGGCGCGUCGGCGCGGGCGGGCGGAGCCGGGUGUGCGCGGGGGGCGGCGCGGACGCUGCAGCGGGCCGUGCGGUGCGGGGAGCCCCGGGAGCCCCCAGCCGGCCCCGCCCCGCCGCCCCCUCCCGCGCGGGGUCUGCGGCCCAGCCGAGGCGGCGCUCUGCGGCAGACGGGUAGGCGUCCGGGCCGGCCGCGGCCAUGUGCAGGAUGUCCUUCAAGAAGGAAACGCCGCUUGCCAAUGCCGCCUUCUGGGCAGCCCGGAGAGGAAACCUGGCACUGCUCAGGCUGUUGUUGAACAGUGGCCGUGUGGACGUGGACUGCAGGGACAGUGUAUGGCCGAUCCGCGCUGCAUGGCACCACACUCCUCAUGGUCGCCUCCUACGCAGGACAUUUCGGCUGUGUGAGGGAGCUUGUGCUGCAGGGCGCAGACAUCAAUCUCCAGAGGGAGUCAGGGACCACCGCACUGUUUUUUGCGGCCCAGCAAGGCCACAAUGAUGUCGUGCGCUUCCUCUUUGAAUUUGGAGCAUCGACUGAGUGCAGAACCAAAGACGGGGGCACCGCUUUGCUGGCCGCCAGCCAAUAUGGGCACAUGCAGGUGGUGGAGACCCUGCUGAAGCAUGGAGCCAACAUCCACGACCAACUUUAUGAUGGAGCAACUGCACUCUUCCUGGCCGCUCAAGGGGGUUACUUGGAUGUUAUUCGAUUACUGUUAUCUUCAGGAGCAAAAGUCAACCAGCCAAGAGAGGACGGGACGGCGCCGCUGUGGAUCGCAUCACAGAUGGGCCACAGCGAGGUGGUGCGGGUGAUGCUGCUGCGGGGAGCCGAGCGGGACGCCACCCGGAACGAUGGUACAACAGCAUUACUGAAGGCAGCCAAUAAAGGGUAUAAUGAUGUCAUAGAAGAAUUGCUGAAAUUCUCACCCACCCUCGGUAUUUUGAAGAAUGGGACAUCAGCUCUCCACGCGGCAGUGCUCAGCGGGAACAUUAAAACGGUCGCUCUCCUCCUGGAAGCUGGGGCAGACCCGGCCCUGAGGAACAAGGCCAAUGAACUUCCAGCAGAACUAACCAAAAAUGAAGGAAUACUGGGUCUCCUCCGAAGUAAAGAGGGUCCCAGGAAGAGCUAAUCGGAUCCUUCACACUGGACUGGGACUCCACCAGAUUCCUGUAGUCCAUAGAGAUGUUCCUUAAACUGCAGUAACCUGGGCUCUCAGUUAAACUCUAAGAUAACAGGUUUUCUGUAUUAAGCAGGGGGAUAGAAUGGUUUGUUCCUUUAAAAAAAAAAAAAAGGAAACUCCAGAAAACUGGAGCAAUAGUAUGGCUGGUAGAGCACUUGCCUUUGCAUGUGGCCAACCCAGGUGGGAUCAGCUGCAUCCCAUAUGGUUCCCUGAGUCCUUCCAGGAGUCAUCCCUGAGUGCAGAGCCAGGAGUAAGCCCUGAGCAUCACCAAAACACAAAAACAAAGACAGGCAACUCUGGCCUUCAAUGAAUCACUGCACUUUGGCUCUGGUGUUCAAUGUGUGCUAGAAUAUAGUUCUGUUAUUGUUUACAUGUGUAUAUCAUUCUAAUGUAAAAUGUUUUUUUUUAUCUGAGGAGCAUAGCCAUGAUUAUUAUGAAUCAAUGAUGGGUCAGGUUACUAAAGUACCUGGGAGAAAGCUCCAAGGGCUGGAGUACAGGCUUUGCAUGCUGGAUCCUUAAGUUUGGUUCUCGGUAUCUGAUGGCUCCCCCAGGCACCAACCUGGAAUAGCCCCCAAGCACCUCCAGUUAUGACCCAAAAACUAAAGGAAGGAAGGAAUGAAGGAAGGCCACACAGGAUCUCCUGAGCACCAUUUGGAAGACCCCAAAUAAAUGAAAAAAUUAUAAUUUUUAUUAAAAAGCCACAGCUGACUUACUGGCAUAUGCUUUUCCAAGAUGGACUAUUGAACGACAAAGAAAGACAUACUGCUUAUUUGUUAGUUGAUCUUCAUAUUUUUCAUUAACUGUAACAUUUUUAUUACCUAAAGUCCAUAUUAUAGGUGUGGCAAGUUUGGAAAUUCAGAAACUUUAAAUUGCAAGAACUUUAGGCUUGUCUCUUGAGCUUUUAUUUUGGUUCUAUUGCUGGGAGUCUAUUUCCCUUGCUACAGCAAGUAAAUUUAAUAUGCUGUGGAGCCUUGAGCUCCCAACACCAUAUUUCUCCACCCUGUGGCUUUAAGGCCACUGGAUAAAAUGAUGAUAUAUGCUAGUCCAAUGUGUUGCUAUUACUCAUGGAGGAGUACAAUAAUAGAGACUGUUACUAGUAUUUAAUAACUAUUCACCUAUGCAUGUUUUUGAACUGUUUCCAAGAAAGAUACGUGAUUUACUGUUUGUGUUUUUUUUAGGGGGUAGGUGGUUGGCUGUUAAAAGCUAUAGUCAAUGUACUUUAUAAUCAAUGGUGUGUCUAACUGCCUCAGUCAGUGCCUAACUGCACAUAUAAGAAUUAAACCUUUUCUCUGUAAUCUACCAUAAUAAAUCUCAAUAGUAUUUCUGUUAUCUAAACAUAGCUUUAAUCUUUCUCAUAUUGUACUCUGAUUUUCAAUUUUUUUUUUUGGAGGGGGGUGUUGGGACACACCCCGAAGUGCUCAGGACUUAAUGCUGGCUCUGUGCUCAGGGAUUACUCCUGGUGGUGCUUGGGGACCAUCUGUGAUGCCAAAAAUCAAACCCAGGAUGACCACAUGCAAGGUAGACACCUUACCUGCUAUACUGUCACUCCAACCCACCAGAUAAUGUUUUAUGUAAAGACACGUUAUAAGUAGAGUGGAAUGUUGUAAUCCCCAAAUGUAUUUUUCAAUCAACUUGCAGUGGCAUUUUAAAUUUAUUUGACUAAACAAUGAAAUAUAAUUUUUAAAAUUAGAAGAUAGUCUCUUAAAAAUAUAAUCAGUAUAACAAAAUUCAACUUACUUUGAACAAUACCACAAGCCAGUAAUGAGCAACUCACAAUCCCCCACAGAAGCCUACAGCCUGCCUAGAAAUUGCCAACAAUCUGCAGUUUAAUUGCAGGAUUAAAAAAACUGGAAAACUCCAUCCAUGUUACCAAAACACUUCAAUAUAAACUAAAAAAUAUAGCAGCUAAAAAAGCAGUGCCAAUUUUCUCAUUAACUUUCCUCUUUCAGCAAAGUUGUAUAAAUACAUAUUUCCCGAAUGGGAAUUUCAUAAAACUCUCUUUAUUUUGAAAAGGAAAAUAAUGUGGCCUUAAAUGCAUUGUAUUUUCCUUUUAAAUAGCCAUUAUGCAAAAAAAUAGUUGCUCAUCACUGAUGCAAAUAAAAAAGUACUAUGUGCACUGAUGGAGCGAUAUCACAGCGGGUAGGGUGUUUGCCUUGCACGCGGCCAACCCAAUUUGGUUCCUCCAUCUCUCUCAGAGAUCCCAGCAAGCUACCGAGAGUAUCCCACCCACACGGCAGAGCCUGGCAAGCUACCCGUGGCGUUUUCGAUAUGCCAAAAACAGUAACAACAAGUCUCACAAUGGAGACGUUACUGGUGCCCGCUCGAGCAAAUCAAUGAGCAACGGGAUGACAGUGAUACAGUGAUAUGUGCACUGAUAGCAAAGUUCUAGAAAACAAAAUAGGAUGAAGUCAACAGACUUAUGUUUUUCAGUAAAACACAUUGCCCUGGGCCUGUUCCUCUUGAUCCGUAUUUAAGGCCAGAACAAUGAAUCCAGGGCUAGAAAUAUAGUAAAAAAGUUAAAAUGCUUUCCUUGCACAUAGUUGACCCUGGUUCAAUUCCUGGCCCCACAUAGUCCCCCAGGCAACAUUAGGAGUGACCCAGAGUACAACCAGGUGUGGUCAAAACACUACCCACAAAAUCAAUCUAGUAGCAUUGGAGGCCAUCUUACUGUAGAUAAGAAGGGUUCUGGCAUCAAAGGAUCAAGAUCAAACUAGAUGAGGUUACAAUAUUAAUGCUUACAAAAGUGAUUAUAUUGACCAUUCACCAAAACUAAACAAAGAUCUGUUAUUUGAAGUUAAUUGCAUUUUCAUUUGCACAUAGGUAGAUGAAUCUGAUUUUGUAUUUCAGUGAGCUCUGCAUUCUAAGGUUUAGAACUAGCAAUUCACAUUCAAAUUGUCUCUUAACUACAAAAGUUUUUAAUUACAUCUAUUUGUGCAAGAAAAUAUUUCAUGUUAUGGUUCAAAAUAAAAUCAAUAUUCUACCCAA